UUUACCUUAAAUUCAAAGGCAGAUUCGUGAGAAGAGGCGAAGAAGUAAAAGACCAGAGAAGAAGAAAACAUAUCGGAGCGGGAAUCGGCUCCAGCAUGGACUGGGGUCAGAAUGAGCUUCCGUCUCCGGUGGUUCGAGAGGAGGAGGUGACGGUCGCAGCCAGGAGGAGGAAGAAAGUGGCUUUCCCGUCACCCAGUGGUGGCAGCCCCAUCGCUUCUGCUGCAACACCAGCCCGCCCCCACCUGAUCAACACUCCUGCCUCGUUGUUCAGGCAGGCCGUCACCCCCAGGGUUCCAGCCACUUCUUCUCUUUUGGUUCCUGGAGGUCGAACGCCUCGAUUCAUGCACACGCCCAGAAACGCGCUCAGCAGUCUGAAUUUGGACGACAGCGAUUGGACCAACAGCUUUUACACCUCGCCCGUGUCUGGACUGGAGAACACCAGCUUCUUCAAAGACGAUGCUGCCAACCUGAGCUCAGCCCUGCUCAAGGAGGACGAUCCAGGAGAUGCAGCAGCUGCAAGUCUUUUCCCAGAAUUCCUUGCCUCCUUUCUGAAGCACUCUUCCUCUGCGGUGUUUGACCUGUUGGAGGAUUAUCAGAGCCUCUGCCAGGAGAAGGUGAACGUUCUCCAGUCUGUGGUUCUGAGAGCCGGUCAGAACAGUAAAACAGCAGGAGUCCGCUGGCUGCUGCAGCAGGAGAACUGUACCUGGAGACUCAUCGCCUCGCUUUACAGGGACCGGGUCCAGCUGGCGCUGGAAGAUGACAUGAUGGCAGAUAUGGCUGUUCCCGGUGAGAGCGAGAAGGUGGUGGUGGAGCAGCUGUUCCAGCGCGAUGCCGCCAUACGACAGGGUCAGCUGGUUGUUGAUUGGCUGGAGAGCAUCGCCAAAGAUCAGAUCGGAGAGUUUUCAGAUAAUAUUGAAUAUUACGCCAAAAACGUGUGUUGGGAGAACACGCUCCAUGCUCUCAAGAUGAGGAGGAAGAGCGGCGGCGCCUUCACUGUUCCUCUCGUCACUGAGCUGGAUCCAGAUGCUCCUCUGCGACAGCAGCGCCCCCUAGCAGACCUGGACAGAGAAGAUGACGCUCGACUGCUGAAGAACCUGUUUUCUCUGAUCAGAGCGGGGAUGACUGAGGAGGCUCAGAGGUUGUGUAAACGCUGUGGUCAGGCCUGGAGAGCGGCCACGCUGGAAGGCUGGAAGCUCUACCACGACCCCAACAUGACUUCAGGCGGGUCGGAGCUGCAGCCCGUGGAGGGAAACCCACAGAGGGGGGUCUGGAAGGCGUGCUGCUGGAGGCUGGCUGAGGAGGAGCAGCUGAACCGAUAUGAGCGAGCCAUCUACGCCAGCCUGAGCGGGAACCUCAGACCGCUUCUGGCUGUGUGCGAGUCGUGGGAGGACUGCGUUUGGGCGUACUUCAGAGUGACGGUGGACUCGCUGGUGGAGAAGGACCUGCUGUCGUCGGGCAUGGCCCACCAGGAGGUGGAGACGCUCCCGCGGGAAUAUCUGGAGGCCAACUGGACCAUGGAAAAGGUGUUUGAGGAGCUCCAAGCUUCAGAAUCAAAGAGGGUCCUGGAUGAGACUAAAGAACACUACCACGUCAUCCAGAAGUUCAUCAUUCUAGAAGACCUGGACGGUCUUUUGGAGGAGUUUUCCGAUUGGCUGACGGCCUCAAAGCCCCUCCCCUUCCACCUGCUGCGUUUCAUGACUCACCUGGUGCUGUUUUUCCGCUCUCUGGGUUUGGCUUUGAAGGAGGAGGUGUGCGUUGACGUGCUGAAGGCGUACGUCUCCCUCCUCAUCCGGGACCAGCACAACGACCUGGUGGCGAGCUACGUGGGCCAGCUUCCCGCCGAGCUUGCCACCGCUCAGUACGCCGCUUUCUUAGAGACGGUCACGCAGCCGGAGCUGCGGCCGCAAUGCCUGCAGCUCGCCAGGGAGGCGGGGUUGGACGUCUCCGCCAUAACCAAGCUGGUGGUGGAAACGGUCCGAGAACACGAUGAGACGGAGUUCACGCAUCACAGUCAGGCGCUGGAAACUGGAACCACGAAGGAGGACCAAAAGAAGAUUGACGUCAUCGAUUGGCUGCUGUUUGACCCCGCCCACCGCGCUGAGGCCCUUAAGCAGUCCAACGCCAUCAUGAGGAAGUUUCUGGCUCUGCAGAAACACGAUGCAGCCAAAGCCGUGUUCUCCAAGGUCCCAGAAGACUCAAUGAGGGAGAUUUACUCCCAGUGGACGGGGGUUGGUCAGACCACGCCUUUACCCGCCGAGGGCGAGAACGCCGUCAGGGAGCACCUGUGCAUCAGAGCCUACCUGGAAGCCCACGAGGCCUUCACUGACUGGUUCAGCCACAGCAGCUCUCCACCCCAGAAGCCGGUGCCCGCCCCCGAGGUCAAGUUCACGGAAAGAGUGGCCAAUGAGAUGAAGGAGAAGGAGUACCAGGACGCCCUGAGCGUCUGGUCCUGUCGCCUAGACAACCUGACUGAAGACGUGAAGGAGAGGAUCUACAACGUUCUGCUGUUCGUAGACGGAGGAUGGAUGGUCGACGACAGACAGGAGUUGGAGGAAGACGCGGAGCGAAGCCACCAAAUGGCAGCGCUGCGUUCUCUGUGUCUGCCUCGCCUCAUCUUCCUGCUCCUCAGCGUCCUGCAGAGCUCCUCCAGACACCAGGAGGCGCUGCGACUGGCGGACAUCAUCUCAUCCGACCAGCACCGCCUCUACCAGGUUUUCUCCAAAGAAGAGCUGCGCAGGUUCCUGCAGAAGCUGCGGGAGUCGUCUCUGGCUCUGUUGGACCGCGGACUCGACCCGCUGGGCUACGAACUCAAGUCCUGAACUGAGAAGACUCGCAUGUGUUUUUGUGUCUCUGAUGUUUUUUGAAAAAUAAAAAUCUUGUUCAAGAUA